AUGACCAAAGAUCACAACGUCGAGGAGCGAGGCGUCGAUGCCGCUGCUCGCCACUCUUUGAACGAAGAAGCGGCCAUGGAAAAGGGUGCUGCCAUGCACAGUGAAGAUUUCCAUGGUGCUGCUGAACGUGGUCACGUCGCCACCGACAAAUAUGGCCACUCCCUCAUCACAUUCGACCCCAAAGCUGAGGCUCGUUUGCGACUCAAGAUCGAUCUAUACAUUGUGCCUACUGUGGCCCUUUUGUAUUUGUUCUGUUUCAUCGACCGCGCAAAUAUCGGAAACGCAAGACUGGCAGGUUUCGAAAAAGACCUAAAACUAAAGGGCUAUGAUUACAACACCGUCUUAUCCGUCUUCUACAUCUCCUACAUCAUCUUCGAAAUCCCAGCCAAUAUGCUUUGCAAAUGGAUGGGUCCUGGUUGGUUCAUUCCAUUGACCUCUCUGGGCUUUGGAGUAUGCUCGAUAGGAACGGCCUUUGUCCACGAUAUCCAUGGCGCUUGUGGUGUACGAUUUCUUCUCGGCAUCUUCGAGGCAGGCAUGCUCCCAGGUAUUGCUUAUUACAUGUCACGAUGGUAUCGACGAAGCGAGUUGGCUUUCCGACUUUCUCUUUACAUCGUCAUGGCACCACUUGCUGGAGCAUUCGGUGGACUACUCGCAUCUGCUAUCCUCAAACUGCCAGGAUUCGGAAGCAUCCAUCAAUGGCGUAUGAUCUUUGCCAUCGAAGGCAUCAUCACUUGCGGUAUUGCCCUCAUCUCUUUCUUUACUGUCACAGAUCGACCGGAGACCGCAAGAUGGCUCUCACAGGAGGAGAAGGAUUUGGCCAUUGCUCGCGUCAAGUCCGAGCGUGUCGGUACCACUGAGGUCCUUGAUAGACUCGACAAACCCAAGAUUAUGCGAGGUAUCUUCAGCCCCGUCACGUUGGCUACAUCCUUUAUCUUCCUCCUCGACAAUAUUACCGUCCAAGGCCUCGCUUUCUUCGCCCCAACUAUCGUCCGCACCAUCUAUCCCAAGGCAACGGUUAUCUCUCAGCAACUCCACACCGUCCCACCUUAUAUUGUUGGUGCCUUUUUCGUCUUACUUCUACCUGGCCUAUCUUGGAGAUUCGACCGAAGAAACAUCUUCUUCAUCGUUUCUGCUCCCAUGAUGAUGAUCGGAUAUAUCAUGUUCCUGGCCAGCACGAAAACCAGCGUACGUUAUGGUGCUACUUUUGUUAUCGCUGCAGGUGCUUUCCCCUUCGGAGCACUUUGCAAUGCCCAAGUUUCAGCAAAUGUCGUGUCCGACACUGCUCGAUCAUCAGCUAUCGGGACCGUCGUCAUGUUCGGCAACAUUGGUGGUCUUAUCUCGACCUGGUCGUUCCUACCAUUCGACGCCCCCAAUUUCCAUAUUGGUAAUGGCUUGAAUUUGGCCACUUCCUCAACCAUUCUGAUCUGUUCUAUCCUACUCCUCUUCUGGAUGUGGGGAGACAACAAAAAGAGAGAGCAAAAGGAUGUUGAUUCAGAGUUGGACGGUCUGUCUAUUAAGCAGGUACAAGAUCUCGAUUGGAGACAUCCUGGUUUCCGAUGGAGACCAUAG